AAGAUCUCUGCAUUGAUUGCCAUUGUUCGUAAUGUGGUGCAGUAGAACAGCGCUCGGGAGACUGCAGAAGAUCGUCCCGUGUACCGUCACCGGAUUUCAUCGCACGAUGUCCAUGUUACCCAAAGUUUAUGUGACGCGCAAGGUGCCGCCGGACGGACUGGACGUUCUCCGCAAAUCCGGACAGGUGCAGUUUGAGAUGUGGGACUCUGAUGACCCUGUGCCCCGAGUGGAGCUGCUGAAAAAGGUCAAAGGUUGCGACGGAAUACUGUGUGUACUCACAGAGAAGAUUGACGCACAGCUAUUGGACGCUGCAGGCCCAAAUCUAAAAGUCCUCAGCACCAUGUCAGUGGGCUUUGAUCAUCUUUCUCUGGAUGAACUCAAGAAAAGGGGAAUCCUUGUGGGAUAUACUCCUGAGGUACUGACUGACGCUGUGGCUGAACUGACUGUUGCCCUGUUACUCGCUACAUCCAGAAGACUCAUUGAGGCCACACAUGAGGCUAAAACGGGCGGCUGGGGAACUUGGAGAACUUUAUGGCUGUGCGGUCAUGAACUAGCAAACAGCACAGUUGGCAUAUUGGGACUUGGGAGAAUUGGUGUGGCUAUCGCCGAGCGUCUGAAGCCGUUUAAGGUGAAGAAGUUCAUCUACACAGAUGUGGAGCCGAGACCUGAGCUUGCAAAUAUGAUAGAGGCAGAAUAUGUCUCUUUAGAUGAGCUGGCCAAGGAGUCUGAUUUCCUGGCCAUAUGCUGUGCUCUGACUCCAGAGACUCAUGGGAUUUGCAAUUGGAAUCUCUUCUCCAAGAUGAAGAAAAACGCCAUCUUCAUCAACACAAGCAGAGGGGGAGUGGUCAAUCAGGAGGAUCUGUAUGAAGCCCUGUCCACCGGUCUGAUUGCUGGAGCCGGCCUGGAUGUGACCACACCUGAACCGCUGCCCACACACCAUCCUCUUUUCACACUCAAAAACUGUGUCAUUCUUCCCCACGUCGCCAGUGCUUCCUAUACGACACGAAACUCCAUGUCUGCUCUUGCUGCCAAUAACCUGCUGGCUGGACUCAGAGGAGAACCCAUGCCUAAAGAACUUAAACUGUAGAACGAGACGCCAU